UCCACAAUCCACAUUAACAACUCAACAACCGAAACCCACCAACUCUUACAAAUAAAGAAACUCCCCUCUCCUGUCUCUCCCCUGCCUGCUCCAUUUUAUUCAACUUGUAGCAUAUUUGUUUCCAUCACAAGAAAACAUAUGCUAAAAUCCCCUUAAGCCAAUUGCUCUUUUGAUGAUUACAACCCAAUACAGGUUCUAAUUGAGUCCCUUUUUGUUUUUAUAUUGUUCAUUUGUCAAAUUAAUCAAACAAAGCAAGGGAAGGAAGGAGUAGAAGCAGGACCAUAAUCAUAGUAUCAUACCACAUGUUCAUGGUUACCAUGUUGAACUUGAAGCUGGUGUUGGCCUUGUCUAUUCUGAGUUCUGUGCUUCUGACAACAUCCUUAGCACAAACAUGUAAAACACAAACCUUCUCCACCAACAAGGUGUUUACAACAUGUCGUGAUCUUCCUGAAUUAACCUCGUACCUCCACUGGACUUAUGAUCAGGCCACUGGGAACCUGGACAUAGCAUACAGACACACAGGAAUCACAUCAACAAACAGGUGGGUCGCUUGGGCUAUCAACCCAAACAACAAGCUUAACCCUGCCAUGGUUGGAGCUCAGGCUUUGGUGGCCAUUCCACAAUCCAGUGAUGGAAGCCCACGGGCCUACACUUCAUCCAUCGCCAGUACCAACACUCAGUUGCAAGAAGGUACCAUCAGUUACCCUGUUUCUGGCUUGAGUGCUGAGUACCAGAAUAAUGAGGUGACCAUUUUUGCUACUCUCACCCUUCCAAAUGGAACCACUUCCUUGGUCCAUGUUUGGCAAGAUGGUACUCUCUCUGGUUCCACUCCUCAAGAGCAUAUCCACACUUCUCCCCACGCAAAUUCUAAGGAAACCUUGGAUCUUGUUUCUGGUACUACUCAGGCAGCCUCAACUGGAAAUUCACGUGCAAAAAGAAGAAAUACCCAUGGAGUGUUAAAUGCAGUGAGCUGGGGCAUUUUGAUGCCCACAGGUGCUAUAAUUGCGAGAUACUUGAAGGUGUUCAAAUCUGCAGACCCUGCUUGGUUUUAUCUUCAUAUCACCUGCCAAGCCUCUGCAUAUAUAGUAGGCGUUGCUGGAUGGGGUAUGGGUCUCAAACUCGGCAGUGACUCGAAGGGUGUUGAUUAUGACACUCAUAGAACACUUGGUAUUAUCCUCUUCUGCUUUGGAACUCUUCAGGUGUUUGCUCUGUUCUUGAGGCUUAACAAAGAUCAUAAGCACAGAUUCUACUGGAAUAUCUACCACCACUUGAUCGGUUACUCUACCAUAAUCAUAAGCAUCAUCAACGUCUUCAAAGGGUUCGACACGUUGGAAAAUUACGUUGGAGACCGCUAUGAUAACUGGAAGAAUGCGUACAUUGGCAUCAUUGCAGCUUUGGGUGGCAUUGCCGUCCUUUUGGAAGCUUAUACAUGGAUCAUAGUGCUGAAGAGGAGGCAAUCAGAGAGCAAGACUUCACAUGGCAUCAAUGGAGCACAUGGUGCUAAUCCACAGCAGGUGUAGGGUGUGUAGCCACAUUAGAUGUUGAUUUUUUUGCUAUUUUGUGCCUCUUUACUCCUAUGUCUUUAUCCAUUUUCAUUAAGGUGUUAGACCCCUUCGUAUAUUCUUCUAUAUAUUUUGAGGGUAUUUAGGGUGUUUGAGUCUCAGUUUUGAGCCAAUUCUUUCAUAGGAUACUUGCUUUAAGGGUGUGUUUUUCUCCAAGCUAUGUACAUUACUGUAUCGGUUUCUAAUUCUCACUAUCUGUAUUUAUUAUUUACUUA